GAGUGUGCGGUGUGCACGUGAGACGAUGCGGUCGCAUCCAAGACACCGGUUUGGUGUGGUUUGUUUUCAUUCGUUUACACGAUGGCAUUUGGUUCGAUUGUGCCUUUACGCGCUGGUAUUGAUCAGACGCGGCUGUGCCAUGUGAGUGUAAAAAUAGGUUUGAGAUCGUUGCGGCAGCACGCAAGCCAUUUGUUAUGCGACAGAAACAUAAACAACCGAUAGAGACAGCAAAACGCAAAUACAUUCUAAAGUGGUUAAAAUGGCAACAUACGGUUGUCUCUUUCGCCUGCGUCACAUACGUCGACCGUUUCCGUCGUUUUUUCUUGGUCUCCGCGACAGACUUGAAAGAAUUUUGACAGUUCUUUAUGAAAAAAAAAAAUCAUUUUCAAUAAAAUCGUCGACGGAAAACCAUUUAUUUGUAUCGAUUUGGUGAAAAAGUGCGCUUUAAUUUAUUGCUAGUCAUUUGCAAAGAGUCAACGCAAAGUGUUAUCAGUUGUACAUCCAACUGAAAGCCAACUACGUAAUUAGAAAUUGCUUUGAGCGACGAUUUUUGUUUUUGCUUCUUCUUUCGAUUCUAAUAACACAAUACAUCAUGCAGUUAUUAAAAGAAUAUUUCACACAAUCUUGUUGUGUCUUUACGUAACAACCUUGUUUAUCCUGGUGAAUUAGUUGUUUAUUCAGAGCGAAUCUCAAGUGGCUCAUUGUUUUUAGGAACGAAUAGUUUUGAUUUUUUUCACGUUUGACAAGUGAUGUGAAAUAAUCAAAAUUGAAAAAAGUGAUGCUCCGCACGCCCAUUGCAUACGACAAAGUUUUUUUCUAUUUUUUUAAUCAGUUGCUCACUUGUUCAAUUUUUAAUUUAAAAAAAAAACGAAUAAAAUGCCUGGCAAAGUGAGAGUGAAAAUUUUGGCUGGUCGAAAUUUGCCAGUCAUGGAUCGAAGCAGCGAUACAACCGAUGCUUACGUUGAAAUCAAAUUCGGUUCGACCACUUGCAAAACUGACGUUUAUCGCAAAUCGCUGCAUCCACAAUGGAACUCCGAUUGGUUUCGUUUUGAGGUCGACGAUGCUGAUUUACAAGAUGAGCCAUUGCAAAUACGAAUAAUGGACCACGACACAUAUUCGGCCAACGACGCAAUUGGCAAAGUGAAUAUUAGUUUGAAUCCGUUGCUGUUGCCCAGUUUAGCCGAUGCAUCGACACAGCUAAAAUCGGGCAAAGGCUCCGUUAUGUCUGGCUGGCUACCCGUUUACGACACCAUGCACGGCAUUCGAGGGGAAAUCAAUAUUAUCGUGAAAGUGGAUCUAUUUUCGGACGUAAACAAGUUUAGACAGAGCUCGUGCGGUGUACAGUUUUUCCACUCGCCAAUCGUGCCGUAUGGCUAUCAUGCACAGAUCAUUCACGGUUUCGUCGAAGAGCUUGUUGUGAAUGAUGACCCGGAGUAUCAAUGGAUUGACAAAAUACGAACGCCACGUGCGUCGAAUGAAGCGCGACAAGUUGUUUUUCUCAAGCUAUCAGCGCAGGUUCAGCGAAAGAUUGGAUUGAAAGCGAUUGACCUGGGAGCGAAUGCCGUGAUUGGAUACACACAAUGCUUCGAUUUGGAAGGCGAUGUUGGCGUUGUGGCUCGUGGCAUCGGUACAGCUGUCACAUUGAUUAAAAUACAAGAGCAAAUUCAGCAACCGCUUCCCGAAAAGUCAGCAUUUGUUGAAGAACAAACCGUAAAGUAUUUAGAAUUUUUGGCGCUAAGCGACGCGACGCGAAACGAUAGUAUAUUCGAUUUUGAUCCAUCAUUCAGUGCGCAUCCGUCAAGCGGAGAUAUUGUAUAUAAAAUAUUAGGCAUUGAACCGGAUGAAACGAUGACACGUGCCCCGAGUAUUAUAAUCAGUAAGAAAGUGCGUCAAAAUCAAGAGGUUGAUGUGAUUGAAGAAGAAACAGACGGAUUGGGACCACCCGAUGAACUGGAAACUUUGAGCAAUCUGCUCAAACAAGAGGAAUCACGUGAUGAUGUUCCAAAUCAUCGCAACGCAAUGAAACGAAUUUCAUCGUCAUCGAAAAGUUUGCUCAACAAAAAAGUCACUUCAAUCAAGUUGAUGAAUACCGAGCAUGAUGACAUGACUGCGAUGCAUGAGUCACAAUCGGAUAUGUCAUUGUAUAAACCGGCUGUUUCGUUUCGAGAUUCAGCCGCCGAACUUGGAUCGAAUAUAAUUAAGAAAGUGAAGCGUUCACAAGCCAAAUUGCAAUCACGUCCAUCGAAUGAUGGCGUUGGAAUGACUACUUUGUUGGUUCGAUCAAUGAUGGCCGCACCAAGUCUCGAGUCAAUAGCUGAGAAUUCAGAUCCAACUUCACCCAGCUCACUUAAACCAAUAUCAAGAUCGGAUGUUGGCAAUUCUAUGACCAGUUUACAUAGUUCGAAGAAACACCAUUAUGGUCCUAACCAUCACCACGUUGAAAAUAAGUUGAAUAUCAGCGUUGGCGACAGUAUCAUCGAUCUGAAAGCAGCAACGACGGAGGGCAAUUUAUCGUGUGGCGUUUCAAUGUCAUCGAUUAUAAUUUCGGAAACUAGCUCUGAGGACGACGAUGGCUCAGAAUUGGGCGAUGAAGUCGUUAUGAUCGAUGCCGAUACAAUCAGCAUGGUGGUGAAAUCAGUGUUAGCCAAAGAGGAAGCACAGUCCGGUGAAAACGAAUGGAUUCAACCGUCAAACGACAACCAUGGCGAUUCCGACAACGAAGGAACUAAUAAGAGAGAAGAGAGACGACCGUUGACGCGACAAUCGUCAUUUGAAAAAUCGAUCAAAACCGGUGCCACGCGCAUCAUGAACCCAAAGAACAAAAAGCGCAUGGAAACGUGCCUGGUGGAAAAUGACAGUUCAGAAGAUCAACUCCACCGGUUUUUUGCCGACACCGGUGAUGUCGAUGAGCAGAAUUGGAUACAACCAGGAACCACGGCCGACGAUGAUAACACAAGUGAAAUGGGUCACAAUUCGAUCUUACAAGAUUUCAAAGAAACCAUUACCGAGACAUUGUCUCACUUGCACUUGCCACACGCCACGCCCGAUGGUGCAAUAAACAAUAAACAUGGUUUAUUGGAAACAGCAAUGGAAACGAUGCUAAUGGAACAGGCAGGCAUAAUGGGAGCUCAAGCGGUUCCUACAUCUGACCAAGUCGAAAAUGUUAAGUUCGAGGAAAAGCGGAAUUCGAGCAUUGAAUCGUUCAAAAAAUUGCUGGCUGCACCAUUUCGACGACGGUCAAACGAUUCGAACGAAGUCAAAGUGGCAAAAAAAGAACCAAAAAGAGAUAAAUUCAGUCUGUUUGAUUCGGCAAUGAAAACGAUGCUCAAUGAAACCGCGCAUAUCAUUGAAGGAGUUGGUGUGCAUCCGAAAAGUUUCGAUGAAGGAGACGCCACCAACAUCGCCAACGUAGACGUAAAACCAGAUUCAAUGCAUGAAAAAGACCAUACGGCGAAAAUAACAACAACUGAGUCAAAUGUGGAAUGUGCGGAAAGAGCAAAAACUGGCGAAGAAAUUGAUAAAAUUAAGAACCCAGAAAAAUCAUACACAAAGUUUUGCGAUAAUCUUAACAUGUCUCAUAUUUUAACUGAGGUUGACGGCGGCAGUGCUAGUCAGUCGACCGGUGAGAUGCCCGUAUUUGUACUAACCAAGUGCAACAAGCAAAAUCAAAUGAAAAACCAAACUCCCGAAAUCGAUCCAAAUACCCAUAUCGAUUCGAAAUGCCUUAUACCCGAUAGCUGUGUGUCAAUUGAUAACACAAAACUUUCGCCCAAAACGAAGCGAAAGUCUAAUCAAAUUAUUAAUAAUCCACUAAUUCAUAGUCAUUCUGGUGAUUUGAUUAAUCAAACUAACAAAACUAAAUUGCUUGCACAUGAUCCACAUCAUAAACAUAGAUCGCACGAUGAAAAGAGCAUACCGGUGAAUGGAGCAGCAGCAGGCAGUAAGCAACAUGCUCGGGCCGAAUCAUACGGGACGAAAACAGCGUCCAGCCCAACCAAAGUGCCAACAUCAUCAUCAUCGUAUAACACCGCCUCCAAUUGCGCAGCCACCACCAAUUCAUCGUCAUCCAAGGGCAAAGAUGGUAAAGAUGAUAAGGAAACGAUCUGCCGCCGAUCAUCUGACUCGGACUUGAGUGUCACACCCAAAGCUCCGACCCGAAAACGAUGUUCAUUGAAUACAGAACCGAGAACAACGGCUGGAAUAUUCCGUUUGGCUGGUACGCCACAUCUUAAAACGCCAUUGAAUUUGGAGAAUUUGGACAUGUUGGAAUAUCCAUUUUUAACACUAUGCAAAUAUCCAAUCGGAUUUAUUCUGCAAUUGGGAUCAACGGUGUGUGCGCGAUCGGUGAAGCUGUUGGAACGUGUGCCAAAUCCAGACGAACCAGAAACUCGCGAUUUUUGGUGGACAGAACUGCGAAUGGAGAUUCGAUCACAUGCUAGGGCGCUCGGUUGCAACGUUGUUCUGGGAUACAUCGAAAUUACGAGCAUCUCCGAUGAUGUUUGUGUUUUAUCUGCAAUUGGAACGGCCGCAGUCAUCAAUACACAAUUUACAAUGAGUGAAGCCAGUAAGCCACCAUCAGCGGCGAUUUUGUUAGUGACACCAAAAGAUACGGAUCGUGAUCUGUCGAAAGACUUGAAGCACAUGAACCUUAGCACACAGAAAGGAAUUAACAGUGAUUCCGAAACGACCGCACAAAUUCCAUCGGGAUGUUCUCUAUGCCAUAUUCCCCAUAGCAAAUUCACGCUACCGGUCAACGGAAAAAUGAAAAAGUGUGCAGUUUGCAAGAAAGCAAAAGUCCCUGAAGUACUGUUAACCACGGUGGAAAUACCAGAUAAUUUGCAAAUCAUCGGCCGCGGAUGUUUGAUCCAUGCACAAGCUUGUCGCUACAAAAAGGAUUUAAAGUCUGAAUCGAAUGCAAAGGAAAUUUCCGAUGCGCUACCAUUUUUGGAGUAUGAUUUACAACGAUUGCUGGUGAACAAAUUGAAGACGAAAGGCAUGAACGCGAUUUUCGGUAUGAAAAUCACCAUUUCAAUUGGUGAAAAGAUGAUUGCACUGAUUGGAACAGGAACUGGUGUUUAUUUACCGGCUCUACCACCGCCAAACAUACCGAAAAUUGUUCAAGGCAAUUCAUGGACCAAUGUUGAGAAGAUCCAGGAACUAAAUCGAUCGCUGGAGGAAGCCGUCAAUAGAAAUCGCGAAAUCUAUCAACUCAAAGUUUAUGGCGAUUUGGAUUCCAUUGGAAAUCCUUUGAAGUCAGACGUUUCGGAUGAGUCUGAAGAUGACGUUCAAGAUGUGGAUGUUCCGGCACGAAAUAAGGACAUUUGCAUUUUGGAAAUCGACGACGUUGAAGAUCUGGAAAUUAUUUCGUUGAUUUUAGAGGGAAGUGCGCCGGAAGGUUUUCACGUCGUCAACACACAAUCACUACCGGGGCUAGUUGAUCUUGAAAUUGCACGAAAUCUACAAAUGUUCACCCAAGUUUGGCGUGCUAAAUUCCCAAACAGUCAAAAGGCAGGCACAUUUCCGAAGCACUUCUUGCGAUUGUUGCAGACGAUCUACUUUAAACUGAGAUCAAUGAUCCCGUGCGCAAUAUGUGACUUGAAAUUUCGAUUGGAUCUACCUGAAGGGGAUGAAUUUCAAAUACUUGUCAAUGGCAUUGCGCUUGGUUUGACCGAGCCGAAUAAGCUCAAGUUCCGGCGUAAAAUGCAAGCGUGUGCCAAAACAUUGACCGACGACGAAUUGAUUUUCAAUUUGGAAGAAGAGCACAUAACCGAACAUUCAAAUAAUCAAUCAUAUUCAUCGCAAGCGGUUAGUAGUACUAGUCACGUUAGAAAUCAGUAUCUUAAAGAAACGGGAUCGUUAAAACUUAAGAGUAAAUCACCGUCACGGCCACUGUUUCGUUCAUUACGUCUAGAUAAACAUGCAUCGCUACGCGAACGUUAUGGUGUUGAUAUAACGCCAUUGACCUAUAUUCCCGGCGGUCGCAUCGACAAGUAUUUGGGCAAUUUGAAUUUCUUCUUCAUUCGCGAAAGUACAUCGAUUCGCGAGAAUGGCGGCAUCAGUGGAUUCGUUCAUAAUUUCAUUACUGAGCUGUUGGCUGUAGUUCGCGCACAUGUAACGGCUCUCGGUGGAAAUGCCAUGGUAUCGUUUUACAUGUCGGAAUUGACAUUGGUUGAUAAUCCUCAUAAAAAUCAGGGUCAAACAUUGAUCAGCGUUGGUGGCGACGUGGUAUUUGUGUCUUAUUUUUCAGGAACUGAAUUCGCACACUGAAGACACACAAACCGACGAGUCACAUGUGCAAUGCAUCAUUUUGUCAAACAAAAUCGGUUUUAAUGCGCCUAUUCUACCCAUGUCUCAUUUUUACCUGUAUGCUUAGCUUGACAUGCUUACUUUAUUGUUACAACAAAAAUUACAUUGAAAUUUCAAUCGUAGACAGAUUAUUAUCGUUUUAAAUAAAAUAUCGAAAGAAAAUACUUGAACUUGA